AUGGUUGACGAAAGGUAUCUUCAGAAGCUGAUUGACGAGGCAAAGAACCAGCAGCCAGUCACACAGCCCCUGGGGCCUUCUCCAGGGACAAAGCGAUCUGCUAAUUCGGCUUUUGGGCCGACGAUCGAGUUUGACAGGGCAUGCUCCGCGAGUACGGGUCAUCAUGAUGACACAAUGCCUCUAUACGAUCCAAACGAUCAUGAACGAAGUGUUUGGGCCAACCCAUUUACAUUGCCAUCCAGGACGGUGAAUGGUCUGUACAAGGGAAAUACCGGCUGGAGCUGGCUGGCUCCCACAUCAUUAUGGUCACUGACGACUCGUCUUUCUCUCAUGAUGUCUGAGCAUCUGCAUCUAGAGUCACCGUACAGAGUUUCAAGCUCAUUAGACAAAGAGGUCUACCCGCUAACUUGGCGGCCGGCCCUUAUUGAGGACCCUCCGGAUAUCAGUGGACUCCCCUCCAUUGACGACGCACUAUACUUAUUCAACACAGUCAAGCACCACCUUGAUCAACACUAUCGAUUCUUCGAUGAAGAUGCAUUCACGGGCCACUUACAUGAGUUCUACAAUGGUAACUCACAGCGAAAAGCGAGUGAAGACUGCCUUUGGUUUGUGCACUUCUUGCUAGUCCAUGCGUUCGGUAAUGCAUUUCUCUUGCGUUCUCGAAAUAGUAGGGACCCUCCAGGUUCUAAAUUCUUCAUACGCGCCAUGUCCCUUCUGCCUGAUUACACAACCCUCUGGACUAAAGGGCUACUUGCGGUGGAGGUCUUGGCUCUGGCUGGUCUUUAUCUCUAUUCUAUUGACCAUCGGGAGCUAGCCAAUGAGCUAGCCAAUGUUGUUCAAGCUAUAAGGAUCGCACAGCUGGAUGGACUACACAUAGAACUUCCGGAGGAUGAGCUUGGCGUCGCGACAGUGAACCGCUGCCGUAAUCUUUGGUGGACACUUUACGUGAUGGAUCGACACAUAUCUUCUUCCUUGGGCCUCCCGAUGGCUAUCCAGGAAAGCGAUAUUACGACUGUCUUGAAUCCAGCCCGUGGAGGCUCACGGCAUGAUGCCACCUUGAGAUUGCAUGUCAAGUUGUCAUACUUGUUCACCUCCAUAUUAUCAUCAAUAUAUAAAAACGAAAAAACAGAUUUGGGAACAUUUCUCGAGAAGACAAGAACAAUUUUGCAAACCAUGCCUGCCUACGCUCUGGAGAUCGAAGAAAUUGUUUACCCUGCAAACCAUACAGGCUCAGUGGAGACAAUGCCCAAGGGAACAAGAUAUAUCACACUAUUAUACCAUCAGUGUGUCUUAGUGGCAACUCGACCGCUCCUCCUAUCCGUUUUAAAGGAACGACUAGAGAGGUUGGGACAACAAAAGGAAGAUUUGCAAAGCUUUCUCAGUCCAACCAAAGCUCUGAUAUCCACUGGCAUCAAAUCAGCAAUCAAGACCCUGCAAAUACUGAGCGACGAAGAUAGUCUUCUCGAAAUAUUUCUCCCAUUCGAAAUGGAAGUCACAUACGGAGCUGCUCUGCAUCUAAUAAUGGCAAAUACCCUCUUCUCCCACGCUACAGAAGGACCAGAAUAUACAGCCAAGGCGCACGCGAUUCUUGACGAGAUGGUCGCAAAAGGCAAUAGACUAGCAGCUGCUCGAAAAACAGAGCUUACGCACCUGGAAGGCCUUUUCGACGAAUUCGCUAUGAGGAUCAAACAUUAUGGCCUGCAGGAACUAUUCCUGACCACACCCGACCAAUCUGAAAAUGUGACGAAUAUUCCUCCCCACCAUUUAAGCCAGAUGGAACAAUCCGCAGCACAUCUCCAGACGCCUGAUACAUACGACAUGGACGGCUACCCAUCCACCGCUCGGUUGCCUAAUGGUGUCGAGCUCUUGGAUGAUAUUGGAAUCUCAUCAUAUGAGUUUUCGUCGAUUAUUGACCAGAUCGGUGGGACCGAUAGCAGUGUCCUUGACUCUAGGUUUUCUUUAUAA